AUGGAUCCCAUUCUUGAUGGUCUGAAUCCAGCCCAGCGUGAAGCGGUCACUUCCUCCGCGCCUAUUCUUCAGGUGCUCGCGCCUCCGGGCUCCGGCAAAACCAAGACUCUGACCGCGCGCGUCGCAUACCUGCUUUCCCAUCAUGGAUACCUGCCGCAGGAUGUCAUCUGCUGCACGUUCACGAUCAAGGCGAGCCGAGAGAUGCGGGAGCGUCUGGCGAAGUUGAUCGGAUCGCGAUUGGAGUCGAGGUUGAUCCUGGGCACUUUUCAUUCUAUCUGCCGCAGGUACCUUGUCAAGUAUGGGUAUUUGAUUGGUCUGCGGAAGGGAUUUGGGAUUGCAGAUUCGGAUGAUACCAGGGCUAUUCUGAGACGGAUUACCAAACGAUUAAAUUCUACCAUGGAACCCAAGACGGCCUUGGGAAAGAUUUCUCGCAACAAGGCGCACGGUCUCUCUCCUGAUGCUCUAGCUGAACGUGCGAAAGCCGACGAGGCGGAGCUCGUCGAUAUCUACCGCGCCUACGAAGCUGCCCUCGCCGCUGCGAAUCUAUUAGACUACGACGACCUGCUCCUGCGCUGCGGUGACCUCCUCCGAGAGCAUCCAGAGUGCGUAUCUAAUGUGCAGACUGUCCUGGUUGACGAGUUCCAAGACACAAACAUCAUCCAGUACGAGCUGAUGAAUCUGUUCGCGGCACAACAUCGGCGCAUCACGAUCGUCGGCGAUCCGGACCAGAGUAUCUACGGGUUUCGAUCUGCGGAGAUCCAGAAUCUUCGCCGCAUGCAGAAACGUUAUUCAAAUACUUCGGUCGUCCUUCUCGAGUCGAAUUACCGCUCUUCAGGGUCAAUCCUGAAUUCCGCCCAGGAUGUCAUUGAACAGGAUACUGCGCGGCCGGCGAAGGCGCUCCAGGCGACUCAUUCUUUCGGCACUCUUCCUGUGUUAAGAAAAUUACCCAAUCCCAAUGCGGAAGCGCUUUGGAUGGUUCUCGAGAUUAAACGUACUGUGGCGAUGACGGGCGGUUUGCUGCGAAUGUCGGAUUUUGCGGUCUUGCUUCGAUCAGCGUCUUUGUCGACGCGCAUUGAAACGGCAUUUGGGCGAGCUGGUAUCCCGUAUAAAAUGGUUGGUGGUCGGAAAUUCUUCGAUCGGACUGAAGUUAAGAUUCUUUUAAAUUACCUCCGGGUCGUCAGUCACACGGAGCAUUCAGAUGCCCUACUGGGAAUUAUAAAUGUGCCACCGCGCAGAAUCGGAGAUGAAACUAUCAAACAGUUGACAAGUGGUGCGGAGAAGGCCGGGGUCCCACUGUGGACGUUCAUCAAGGACGUCAUACAGGGCCGACGAUCGACCGAGAAGAAGUUACAGAAAGCCGCGGAGCAGGGCCUCUGUUCCCUCGUUAAGCUGAUCGACACUUCCAAGCAGAAGUUGCAAGAUUGCCACGAUGCAUCCGCCCCACGCGUGCUCCUGGAAUACAUUACCGAAAGUCUAUCCUUCCAAGAGUAUCUCAUCAGAACCUAUCCGCUGGACGAAGAUGGUCGCUGGGCGAACGUUAAGGAACUGAUGGGCCAGGCUAAUGAAUCCAUACUAUCUGGCGAGGAGGCAGAUCAGGAACAAGACCUCCCGGAAAUUGAAGGCGUCGAGCAGCAGCAGGUCCAUUCUGGGGAAGAAGCGCUGUCGCGGUUUCUCGCAAACGUCGCCUUGGCUACAGAGGCACAAACCCAAGAUGACGGCGAGCAAGCUUCUGAGAAAGUUACUAUAUCAACUAUUCAUGCUGCAAAAGGCUUGGAAUGGCCUGUUGUCUUCAUUCCUGCUGUCUAUAAUGGAAGUAUUCCGCACUCGCGUGCAGAGGUCAUCGACGAGGAGAGACGACUGCUCUAUGUCGCAAUGACCCGAGCACAAGCUCUGCUGUACUUGAGUCUCCCACUACGACAACCACGAAUUGGCGAAGGGGAGGACUCGUCGACCACCCUGACGCCAUUUCUUCCACAGAAGAUUACGAAAACCCGCUUUCGUCUGAAAGGCCCUCAGCUGCAUGAGAAAGUAGUAUACGGCAUUGCUGACAUCCUGGGACGACCGCGGCCAUCACCGGAGGACAUGUGCAAAGACAUUGCUACGCUUCCAUCAAUUCAGGAUGACCGCUGGACAUCGGAGGGCGAGGAGAGACGCGACGAGAACAAUGAAUGGAGCAGUAGACAAGGCCCCAAUGACACAGCACAAGAGCUAUACCCUAAACGACGACGUCUUGAUGCCAAUGGCCCAACAUCAACGACUUACAUAUCAGCCGGCAAUAAUUGCCCUGGCAAUUCCUCCAAUUUCACUGCGCCCAUAUCCUUGUCGACUGGCUUCUUGUCAGCUCGUGAUUACAUCGCAGCCGCCCCGACAGCCAGCCAAGAUCCCAACCCAGCAUCUAUAUCGAAACCCAACUCCAUUCCCGAACCUGGCCCAGCGAAAAAAGGCAAAAAUUUCGCCGCCAGCCAAAAAGACGGUCUGACCCAAGUCAGCAUAUCGAACUUCUUCGGCGGCCCAGGAUCCUCCCAGAAGAAAGAAGCCACGCCAACCAGCUGCCCGCCCCUCCAACCAGACCCCCAACGCAAUCCUCCGCCUCCGAACCAUCCUUCCUCUACCCAACACCCCAGGGCAGCCCCCGUACCCCCAUCCCUUUCUUCCCAUCGCCUCCAACCACGUCCCCUACAUCCAACCCGCCCAGCCCUCGAGCCCAGCGAAUCCAGCAGCUACACGUGGCUGGCGGCUCCGUCCCGGCCGACCGUCAAACCAGCCCGGAUGUUCACGCCGCAGGCACCGAAUACCAGUGUCACAGAGGGUGCGCGCGUGGCGGGACAGGGAACCUCCGGGUCAGGCGGGCAGCACGACAACCCAGAGAAUGCGAGCACCGCCCGCGGUGUUCAAUCUAAGGUGUUCCAUACGACCACAAUAGCGGCAAUGCGCCAGCAGAGUGCGACGGCACCGGGGCGCCGCACACUUGGAAUUCGACGGAGUAUGAAUGGGUGGGAAGCUCGGAUGAAGCGGGAGAGCAAUGGCGGAGGUGGUGGGCAAGUCCGCUGA